CUACCGCAGCCAGGUCUUAUGGCCUCUUAGUCCCGGUGAAUUCAGGGUCAGCCCCUCCCUCCCCCGUCCUCUCCUCUGCCAGAUGCCACCUCCUUCCCCGGCCGUAGGUGAGCUCCCGCUCUGACAGUCCCGCGUUCAGCGUCCUGCACCCAGUUCCCAGGCGCACGGCCCUCGUCCCGACCUCCACCCGGGUCGCCCGGCAUCCGAGACCCUCCCAGGGUCAUGGGCAGGGUUUCCUUCAGUGUUCGAGUAGGCUCGAUCCAGAGACCCCGGUCCCAAUGCCGGGGGCGAUGCCACCUUUCCUGCGGAGUCCUUCCUUCGCACGGUGCCCUCCACGCGUCUAGUGGACUUGGCUGCGCACUGGCGGUACUGGAGACUGCAGAUGGAGCUGUCGGAGCCAGCCCCUCGGUGAUCUACAGCUUCCUCUCUGCGCCGGCGUCGCGGGCGCCCGGUGGUUGGAAGGACUGCGCAGCAGCCUUGCCUGCCCCAGGCGUCUUGAGAGCUGAUGACAAUAACAUGGGCAAUGGCUGCUCUCAGAAGCUGGCGACUGCUAACCCCCUCCGGUUCAUAUUGCUGGUCCUGAUUCCAUGUAUCUGUGCUCUCGUUCUCUUGCUGGUGAUCCUGCUUUCCUAUGUUGGAACAUUACAAAAGGUCUAUUUUAAAUCAAAUGGGAGUGAACCUUUGGUCACUGAUGGUGAAAUCCAAGGGUCCGAUGUUAUUCUUACAAAUACAAUUUAUAACCAGAGCACUGUGAUUUCUACUGCACAUCCCGACCAGCACAUUCCAGCCUGGACUACGGAUGCUUCUCUUCCAGGGGACCAAAGUCACAGGAAUACAAGUGCCUGCAUGAACAUCACCCACAGCCAGUGUCAGAUGCUGCCCUACCACUCCACACCGACACCUCUCCUGUCAGUUGUCAGAAACAUGGAAAUGGAGAAGUUCCUUAAGUUUUUCACAUAUCUCCAUCGCCUCAGUUGCUAUCAACAUAUCAUGCUGUUUGGCUGUAGUCUCGCCUUUCCUGAGUGCAUCAUUGAUGGCGAUGACAGUCAUGGACUUCUGCCCUGUAGGUCCUUCUGUGAGGCUGCCAAAGAAGGCUGUGAAUCAGUCCUGGAGUUGGUGAAUUACUCCUGGCCGGAUUUCCUCAAAUGCUCCCAGUUUAGAAACCAUACUGAAAGCAGCGACGUCAGCAGAAUUUGCUUCUCGCCUCAGCAGGAAAAUGGAAAGCAACUGCUCUGUGGAGGGGGUGAGAACUUUCUGUGUGCCAGUGGAAUCUGCAUCCCCAGGAAACUGCAAUGUAAUGGCUACAACGACUGUGACGACUGGAGUGACGAGGCUCACUGCAACUGCAGUGAGAAUCUGUUUCACUGUCACACAGGCAAGUGCCUUAAUUACAGCCUUGUGUGUGAUGGAUAUGAUGACUGUGGGGAUUUGAGCGAUGAGCAAAACUGUGAUUGCAAUCCCACAACAGAGCAUCGCUGCGGGGAUGGGCGUUGCAUUGCCAUGGAGUGGGUGUGUGAUGGUGACCAUGACUGUGUGGAUAAGUCCGACGAGGUCAACUGCUCCUGUCACAGCCAGGGUCUGGUGGAAUGCAGAAAUGGACAAUGUAUCCCCAGCACAUUUCAAUGUGAUGGCGACGAGGACUGCAAGGAUGGGAGUGAUGAGGAGAACUGCAGUGGCAGUCAGACUCCGUGUCAAGAAGGAGACCGAAGAUGCCUCUACAUUGCCUGCAUUGAUUCAUGUGGUGGUAGCUCUCUCUGUGACCCGAACAACAGUCUGAAUAACUGUAGUCAAUGUGAACCAAUUACACUGGAACUCUGCAUGAAUUUGCCGUACAACAGUACAAGUUAUCCAAAUUACCUUGGCCACAGGACUCAAAAGGAAGCAUCCAUCAGCUGGGAGUCUUCUCUUUUCCCUGCACUUGUUCAAACCAACUGUUAUAAAUACCUCAUGUUCUUUGCUUGCACCAUUUUGGUACCAAAGUGUGAUGUGAAUACAGGCCAGCGUAUCCCCCCUUGCAGAGCAUUGUGUGAGCACUCCAAAGAACGCUGUGAGUCUGUUCUUGGGAUUGUGGGCCUACAGUGGCCUGAAGACACAGAUUGCAGUCAAUUUCCAGAAGAAAAUUCAGACAAUCAAACCUGCCUGAUGCCUGAUGAAUAUGUGGAAGAAUGCUCACCUAGUCAUUUCAAGUGCCGCUCAGGACGGUGUGUUCUGGCUUCCAGAAGAUGUGAUGGCCAGGCCGACUGUGAUGAUGACAGUGAUGAGGAAAACUGUGGUUGUAAAGAGAGAGAUCUUUGGGAAUGUCCAUCCAAUAAACAAUGUUUGAAGCACACAGUCAUCUGCGAUGGGUUCCCAGACUGCCCUGAUUACAUGGAUGAAAAAAACUGCUCAUUUUGCCAAGAUGAUGAGCUGGAAUGUGCAAACCAUGCAUGUGUGUCACGUAACCUGUGGUGUGACGGUGAAGCCGACUGCUCAGACAGUUCAGAUGAAUGGGACUGUGUGACCCUCUCUAUAAAUGUGAACUCCUCUUCCUUUCUGAUGGUUCACAGAGCUGCCACAGAACACCAUGUGUGUGCAGAUGGCUGGCAGGAGAUGUUCAGUCAGUUGGCCUGCAAGCAGAUGGGUUUAGGAGAACCAUCUGUGACCGAAUUGAUACAGGAACAGGAGAAAGAGCUGCGGUGGCUGACAUUACACUCCAACUGGGAGAGCCUCAAUGGGACCACUUUACAUGAACUUCUUGUAAAUGGGCAGUCUUGUCAGAGCAGAAGUAAAAUUUCUCUUCUAUGUACUAAACAAGACUGUGGGCGCCGCCCUGCUGCCCGAAUGAACAAAAGGAUCCUUGGGGGUCGGACAAGUCGCCCUGGAAGGUGGCCAUGGCAGUGUUCUCUGCAGAGUGAACCCAGUGGACAUAUCUGUGGCUGUGUCCUCAUUGCGAAGAAGUGGGUUCUGACAGUUGCUCACUGCUUUGAGGGGAGAGAGAAUGCUGCAGUUUGGAAAGUGGUGCUUGGCAUCAACAAUCUAGACCAUCCAUCAGUGUUCAUGCAGACACGCUUUGUGAAGACCAUCAUCCUGCAUCCCCGCUACAGUCGAGCAGUGGUGGACUAUGACAUCAGCAUCAUUGAGCUAAAUGAAGACAUCAGUGAGACUGGCUACGUCCGGCCUGUCUGCUUGCCCAGCCCGGAGCAGUGGCUAGAGCCUGAUACGUACUGCUAUAUCACAGGCUGGGGCCACAUGGGCAAUAAAAUGCCUUUUAAGCUGCAAGAGGGAGAAGUCCGCAUUAUUUCUCUGGAACAGUGUCAGUCCCACUUUGACAUGAAGACCAUCACCACUCGGAUGAUAUGUGCUGGCUAUGAGUCUGGCACAGUUGAUUCAUGCAUGAAACUCCAUGAGAGCAAGGGCCUUGUCUGAAUUGUUCAGCAUUGUAUCCAGUGUCUGGAAUACAGAUCAUCAAUAAAUAUGUGCUUGUUGGAUUGCUAGUCAUCUCUAUUCAGCCUAACUCUAGCUAUGGAAUAAAGUAUGGCUUCGGGUAAGUUAUUCCAUGAAGUGAAGAAUGUUUGCACGUUCUAUUUUUUUUAAUAAUAGUUUUUGUCUGUACUCUUUAAAGGCAAGGAGAGGCUGAGGGUCUAUGUGGUGAUCCUAGGUUCCAGUACCAACUCUUCCAAAGACUAAGUGGCUUUCAGCAAAUCACUUGCUGUUUCUGGGCCUUUGUUUCCAGAAUGAAACAUUUCAGAAUGAAUGAUUUGGAUUCGGUGACUUUAAGAUCUUUCCCAGCUCUGCAAGUCUCAUUAUAUAAUCUGCCUAAACAACAUGGAAUGUUUCCCAGUAUGACCUUCCAACUUCAAAAACUGGUUUACAUAUUGUGUCCCAAAGAUUCUGAUCUCCUCCAUUUCCAUCUAUGCCUUUGCUUGGAAUAUUCAUUUGUGUCCUUUCUAUUUACAUAAAUCCUGAACAUCUUUAGAAGUUUAGUUCAAAUGCCAGCUCCUCCACAAAGACCUCUGUAACUAUACUGGCUCUUACUCAUACUACUCAUUGGGAAUUUAGGGAUUACAUGUGCAGAAUGUACCAGGCAUUUGCUUACCAGGCACUUGCCUCGUUUAAUCAUAAUAUCUCAGCAGAUACUAUUAAUACCUGCAUUUUACAAAUAAACUUAAGUAAUUUGCUCCAUCUCACAAAAAUGGUACAAAUGAGUCUUAAAAUGAGUUCUACUAGACUCCACAGCCCUGUGCUUUACUAUUUCUGAAUCUGCCUAUAUAUGUUAACAGGGCCAAUUUUUAACACAUGGCCAAUAUCCCCUGCUUAAUUUCAGUGAGUCCAUGUUUUGUCAUUUAAAUAAAAGUUCAUUAAAUGAAUAAUAAAUGAAUGAAUCAAUAGACACGUGAAUGAAAUAUGCCUAGUAUUAAGGGAAAGUUGUGGGGUAGCGAGUUAAUAGUUUUUGAGGUCCUCCUUUUUUCAUGCAUCUGGCUUGGUCAUUAUAUAUAUGUGUGUGUGUGUGUGUGUGUGUAAUAUAUAUGUAUAUAUAUUCCCUUUUUAUCUUCAAAAUAAUGCCAUCAGGUAGAAACUAUCACUGCCUACUCUGCAGCUGAGGAGAUUAAGACCCAGAGAGAUUAAGCAGUUCAACCAUUUUUAAACAGCUAGUUGUGGGUGGAGCUGGAAAUUCUAUUUAGGUCUUCUGCCUCCAAAGCCAGCACACUACCCACUACAUUAUAGCUCCUCAGCAGUGAUUUGUAUAUAAUAGGUUCGCUUAGUGGUUCUCCACAUGGGGUGAAUGUCUCCCCUGGGGGUUUGGCAAUGGCUGUAGACACUUUUGCUUGUUAUAACUGGGCGAAGAGUGCUGCUGGCAUUCAGUGGGUGGAGGCCAAGAAUACUUCUAAGCAUCUUACAAUGCUCAGGACAGCCCCCAACAACAAAGAUUAAUCUGGCCCAAAUAGUGCUGAGACUGAUAAAUCCUUGAGUAGCUCAAGGAAUUUAUUGAUGAUGUAACACCAUUUUAAAAAUAUUUU